AUGGCCCUGCGCAGAUCCCCCUCCUCCACCAACUCGUGGAGUCACGGCGUGAGCUUCGUCCGCGUUGCCACGGCGCUCAGCGAGUCCUCGUCCAUCCACAGCGACGCCCUCUACCACCUGACCCGGGACGUGUCCGGCCUGGGCCUGGACCCCAUGUCCUACAGCGUCCUGCAGCCCGAGGCCUUCAGGGACGAGCGGCGGCGGAGUGUUGUGGGUUCGACUCCCAGCCCCGAGGGCGCGGCAGGGGGCCUCUACUUCUCCGACGGCCGGCGGAAGGUGGACUACGUGCUCGUGUUCCACCAGCGGCGGCACGGCUCGGUGCGGUCCCGCACCAGCACCUCCGCCUCCCACGACCGGCUCUCCAUCAUCUCCAACGGCAACUUCCCACUGCCGGUGAGCUCGGACCUGGGAGGAGCCGAGGACGACACGGUGGAGACCAGCGAGUGCGACGUGCAGCUGAUCCGCCAGGAGUUUGAGGCCAACCUGCUGGAGGCCGGCCUGGAGAUCGAGAGAGACCGGGAGGUCAGUGUCCACGGGCCGAGCUUCACCCGCCUCCACGCCCCCUGGCCCGUGCUCAGCCGAGAGGCCGAGUUCCUCAAGAUCAAAGUUCCCACCAAGAAGAGCUACGAGCUGAAGCAGGAGAGCGGCCUCAGCGGCGGCCUCAGCGCCAUGUGGAGGAAACUGAACCAGCCGUUCCAGCCCAACGUGCCGCACCAGGAGCACGGCCGCACCAAGCUGCUGUCCCACUGCUUCUCCAGGGACAAGCUGCACCUGUACAACAUCAAGUCCAAAGACACGUUCUUCGACAACGCCACGCGCGGCCGCAUCGUGUACGAGAUCCUGAGACGCACCGUGUGUGUUCGCACCUGCCAAACCAUGGGUAUCAGCACGUUGAUAGCUAAAGGCGUGUACGACUCUGCCUUCCCUCUUCAUGAUGGUGACUUCAGGGUCACGGGACAGUCCGAGGAGAGGAACGACAGACAGCUGCUGCAUGAGGAGUGGGCUCGAUACUCGGCCUUCUACAAGUACCAGCCCAUCGACCUGAUCAGGAAGUACUUUGGGGAGAAGAUCGGCCUGUACUUCGCCUGGCUGGGCGUCUACACUCAGCUGCUGGUGCCGGCCUCCAUCGUGGGAAUCAUCGUGUUCGGCUACGGGGUCGCCACAGUGGACACUGACGUACCAAGCCUGGAGAUGUGUGACGAGCGGCUGAACUUCACCAUGUGUCCUCUGUGUGACGGCGCCUGUGACUUCUGGCAGCUCAGCACGGCGUGCGGCACGGCCCGGGCCUCGCACCUGUUCGACAACCCCGCCACCGUCUUCUUCGCCAUCUUCAUGUCCCUGUGGGCGGCCAUGUUCCUGGAGCACUGGAAGCGUCGUCAGAUCAGUUUGAGCUUCAGCUGGGAUCUGACAGGCAUCGAGGAGGACGAGGAACACCCGCGGCCGAAGUACGAGACCAUCCUGCUGCAGAAGAGGCAGAAGCAGCGCAGCAGGAAGAAGAAGAAGAAGAACGAGCCAGACAAGCAGGAGGACGGGACAGAGACAGGGAAGGACAGAUGGAGGCAGAAACUGCUGUCUGCCAUGGCUGCAGGAGCCCCGGUGGCCAAAGAGAAGCUGACGUGGAAGGACCGCCUGCCCGGCUACUGCAUCAACGUCUCGUCCAUCCUCUUCAUGUUUGGCCUGACGUUUUCGGCGGUUUUCGGCGUCAUCAUCUACCGCAUCACGGUGUCGGCGCUGAUGGCGAUGAGCCCCGACCCCGAGACCAAGUCCAACGUGCGCGUGACGGUGACCGCCACCGCCGUCAUCAUCAACCUGGUGGUCAUCCUGAUCCUGGACGAGAUCUACGGCGCCGUGGCCGUGUGGCUGACCGAGCUGGAAAUUCCCAAAACUGAGACGACCUUCGAGGAGCGUCUGAUCCUCAAAGCCUUCCUGCUCAAGUUCAUGAACGCGUACGCACCCAUCUUCUACGUGGCUUUCUUCAAGGGACGGUUUGCAGGUCGGCCUGGGAAUUACGUGUACGUCUUUAACGAUUACCGGAUGGAGGAGUGCGCCCCGGGCGGCUGCCUCAUCGAGCUCUGUAUUCAGCUCAGCAUCAUCAUGUUGGGGAAGCAGCUCAUCCAGAACAACAUCUUCGAGAUCGGCAUCCCGAAGUUGAAGAAGUUGCUGCGGGUGCUGAAGGAAAAGGGCGAAGCUGAGGAGCAGCGGGAGGAGCAGAGGAGUCGGCCUCCCCAGCAGUGGAACCUGGACUACGCCCUGGCUCCCUUUGAGGGCCUGACGCCCGAAUACAUGGAGAUGAUCAUCCAGUUCGGCUUCGUCUCGCUCUUCGUGGCGUCCUUCCCGCUCGCCCCCGCCUUCGCUCUGCUCAACAACGUCAUCGAGAUCCGGCUGGACGCCAAGAAGUUCGUCACGGAGCUGCGGAGGCCGGUCGCCAUCCGAGCCAAAGACAUCGGGAUCUGGUACAACAUCCUGAGUGGGAUGGGGAAAUUCUCGGUUAUUAUAAAUGCGUUUGUCAUCUCCUUCACCUCAGACUUCAUCCCUCGCCUCGUCUAUCAGUACAUGUACAGCCCGAGCGGCACCAUGCACGGCUUCAUCGACCACACGCUGUCCUACUUCAACGUGUCCAACUUCAAGCCGGGCACGUCGCCGCACAGCUCGCUGCUGGGCGACAUCACCGUCUGCAGGUAUAAGGACUACAGGGAGCCCCCCUGGUCUCCAGAGGCGUACCAGUUCUCUAAGCAGUACUGGUGUGUGCUGGCAGCCAGACUGGCCUUCGUCAUCCUCUUCCAGAACCUGGUCUUGUUCCUGAGCCUGCUGGUUGCCUGGGUGAUCCCUGACGUUCCUAAGACGGUCGUGGAGCAGCUCAAGAGGGAGAAGACGCUCCUGGUCGAUGUUUUCCUGCGGGAGGAGAAGGAGAAGUUCCAGCUGAUCCAGAGUCUGUUCGUCAAAGACGCCUCCCUGCGGCCGGGGGGCGGGGCCUCGCUGACGCCGGGGGGCGGGGCCUCGCUGACCCCGGGCCACGCCUUUGCCCCGCCACCGGGCCGCUGCGGCGCCGGCGGGGAGGGCGGCGGGCCGAGGGCGAGGUGCCGCGCCGCCAGCUUCAGCCAGUUCAGCCGGCAGCUCCCCUCGCCGCCGGGCAACGGGAAGGAGACGGCGAGACACACGGCGGUGUGAUCCGUCCACACACACACACACACACACACACACACACACACUCCUACAAGCAGGAGUGUGAGGUGGCAGAGCGACUGGAGGACAUUGUGUGUGGGAGACUUUGUCAGUGUGUGUGUGUGUGUGUGUUUACUUGUGAAUGUGCAUAUAUGUAUUUGCUCCUGUGUGUGUGUGUGUGUGUGUGUGUGUGUGUGUGUGUGAGUCGUCUAACCUUUGGACUCUCAGCUGAGAUUCAUUUGUCUCAGUGGUCGAAUGUGCAGCAUCCCAACCAGGUGUGUGUGUGUGUGUGUGUGUGUGUGUGUGUGUGUGU